AUGGGGGUAUGCCAUCUCUAUCGCAUCGGAGUCCAGCAGAAACCUCCUUCCAGGAUAAUUCGCCAAGCAAUCCCUAGUUGGAGUUGGAGAUGA